CUAUCUAUAAACCCGGGCACCCUCACUUAUGGUUAUAGAAGUUAGAGCUUCUAGCUAGUUCGAGCAUCAACCAAUGGCUAGCCAAGAUCGCCAUGGAAUGGCUCCAAGAUCCACUGAGCUGGCUGCUCGUUGCCUCGGUGGCCUUCGUCGUGCUGCAGCGGCGGCAGCGAGGCAAGGCACCGCCGCUGCCUCCGGGGCCAUAUGCGCUGCCGAUCGUGGGCAACAUGUUAAUGAUGGACCAGCUGACCCACCGGGGCCUCCUGGAGCUGGCGAAGCAGUACGGCGGCCUGCUCCACCUCCGCCUCGGCAAGCUCCACGCCAUCGCCGUGUCGACGCCGGAGUACGCUCAGGAGGUGCUGCAGGCGCAGGACGGCGCCUUCUCGAACCGGCCGGCGACCAUCGCCAGCACCUACCUCACGUACAACCGUGCCGAUAUGGCGUUCGCGCAUUGCGGGCCCUUCUGGCACCAGAUGCGCAAGCUGUGCGUGACGAAGCUCUUCAGCCGGCGCCGGCUUGAAUGGUGGCUCGCCGUGCGCGACGAGUCUGCGGCCCUCGUCCACACCGUGGCCCGGCGGAGCGGCGAGUCCGUGAACCUCGGCGAGCUCAUCCUUAACCUCACCAAGAACGUCACCUUUCGCGCCGCGUUCGGCACUACCGGCGACGGCGACGGCGGGAAGCAGGACGAGUUCAUCGCCAUCAUCAAGGAGUUCUCCCAGCUCUUCGCCGCAUUCAGCAUCGGCGACUUUAUCCCGUGGCUCAGCUGGGCGGACACACAGGGCAUCAACGUGCGCCUCCGCGCCGCGCGUGCCGCCCUCGACGAGUUCAUUGACAAGAUCAUCGACGGGCACAUGAAGAGGAGCAAGAACCCUAACGACAUCGACGCCGACAUGGUGGACGACAUGCUUGCGUUCCUCCCUGAGGUGAAAUCGAAGAUGGCCGUUGGCGACGGCGGGGAUGACCUGCACAACACGCUCAGCCUCACCCGUGACAACAUCAAGGCCAUCAUCAUGGACGUGAUGUUUGGCGGAACGGAGACGGUGGCGACAGCAGUCGAGUGGGCAAUGGCGGAGAUGAUGCACAACCCUGAUGACCUUCUGCGGCUGCAAAAGGAGAUCACCAACAUGGUGGGUCUUGACCGGAACGUGGAUGAUUCAGACCUCAACAAGCUCCCCUUCCUCAAGUGCGUCGUCAAGGAGACACUCCGACUACACCCGCCAUUCCCGCUGCUCCACAACGAGACCGCUGAGGACUGCGUCGUUGGUGGCUAUUCUGUGCCCCGGGGCUCCCGCGUCAUGAUCAACGUCUUCGCCAUGGGCCGCGAUGCCAAGGCGUGGAAGGGCGCUGACACAUUCCGACCAUCACGGUUUAUGCCGGGUGAAGGGGAGGCCACCGGGGUUGACUUCAUGGGUGGGUGCUUCGCAUUCCUGCCGUUUGGGUCUGGCCGCCGCUCGUGUCCUGGAAUGGCGUUGGGCCUAUACUCGCUCGAGCUCAUCGUCGUGCAGCUUGCCCAUGGUUUCAGCUGGGUAUUGCCUGAUGGCAUGAAGCCAUCAGAUCUUGACAUGGCCGACAUCUUCGGCUUCACUGCACCACGUGCCACUAGGCUCUGCGUUGUGCCAACCCCACGACUUGCCUGCCUUUUUGUCACUAAUGUCGACUCCACGCGUCAGACGACGUUGUUCGCCAGUGUAGGUGGUGUUUGACUGAGAGGUUGUCAUGGCGCUAUUGUAAGAGUUUGCUGGUUUUAUCUCACAUUUUUUUUUCCUUUUGUCUUUUAAGCCUACAGAAGAAGAAGAAUGGGAUUCCAGACUAUCUUUGUGCAUCCUUAAGUUACAAUUAAGCAUCUGGUGAUGUUUUAUGAUUAAUUACACAAACUUUAAACUCCUACCACACAUAUUUUUGAGAAGUUGUUUGUAUGUGAUUUGUUACUGUUGGGCUACGCGGAGUGCAACUGUUGCAUAAAAAAAACCACGCCGAACACCCUGGAGCAUGUUUAGCAGAUAGAUCACGUGAUUACCACUAGGCGCACAUUGCUCAUGGCGGAAGAAGAGUUGGAGUAGCGUGUCAUCCGGUAGAUUCGUCACCUCCAGCCUAAUCCCACGAAUAGUUGAUCGCCAGAUCUCUUGGGUAGAUCGUUGGCGACAUGAUCUAAGUUGAACCUAACCGACUUCUAAUGGUUCUUAUUGAGAAAAGUAGAGAGAAUCAUCAUCGUCUUAACACACCAAUAGUGAGAACGUUAAAUUCUCCACUUGCUAUUUCAUGUGCUUCGUGGUGCACUGAUAUAACUUUGGUGUGAAGCACAAAUGAGGGGCUUCUUCCGUCA